AUGGCACCUUUUUACCAAUUAAUGACUGAAGAACUCAAGAUUCCAUUUGAUAAAUCUCUGCAUGCAAAAUACCAAGAGAAUAAUAAUGAAGAACUAAAGAAAUUGGAUGAAAAACUUGAAGAUGCCGAAAAAAAUUUAGGCGAAACGGAAAUCAGCGAUGCUUUAUUAGCCAAAGCUGAAUACUUCGCGAAAAUUGGUGACAAGGAAAAAGCUAUUGCAGCGUAUCGUAUUGCCUUAGAUAAGACACCAGGAUUAGGAUCGCGAAUAGAUAUAAUUUUUUGUUUUGUAAGGAUCGGAUUCUUUUUUAAUGAUAAUGAUUUGAUCAGUCGUAAUAUUGAAAGAGCAAAGAGUUUAAUUGAAGAAGGUGGUGAUUGGGAUCGACGUAAUCGUCUUAAAGUAUAUGAAGGCAUUUACAGGUUAUCUAUACGUGAUUUUAAAACUGCUGCAAAUUUAUUUCUUGAUACUUUAUCAACGUUCAUGUCUACUGAAUUAAUGGAGUAUAAAGAAUUUGUUAAAUAUGCCGUUUUAGCUGGAGCAAUUUCUUUAAAUCGAGUUGAUUUGAAGAAGAAGGUAAUUGAUGCACCAGAGGUAUUGGAAGUCUUACACGAAAUUCCACACUUAGAAGAUUAUAUUACUUCACUUUAUAACUGUGAAUACGCAAAAUUUUUCCGAGCACUUGCCGAUGUUGAAUUGGAUCAUUUGCGCACUUCAAGGUACUUAUUCUCACAUCUUAGGUAUUAUGUCCGUGAAAUGAGAAUUAUUGCAUACGCGCAACUUCUGGAGUCAUAUCGUUCACUCACUAUGGAAAGUAUGGCAAACUCAUUUGGUGUUUCGGAGGGAUUCAUUGACAACGAUGUGUCGAAAUUUAUAGCCGCCGGUCGUCUUAACUGUGUAAUUGAUAAAGUGAAUGGAAUUGUUGAGACAAAUAGACCGGAUGCUAAAAACGCACAAUAUCAACAAAGUAUCAAGCAAGGAGAUAUUUUAUUGAAUCGUGUUCAAAAGUUAUCAAGAGUUAUUGAUGUAUGA